AUGAACAACAUUUUUAGAGAGUACCUAGAUGAUUUUGUGCUUAUAUUCAUUGAUGACAUAUUGAUCUAUUCUAAGAAUGAAGAGGAACACAAGAAGCACUUAAGGAUAGUCUUGCAACGAUUAAGAGAUCGCAAGAUUUUUGGAAAGUUUUCAAAGUGUGCUUUCUUUCAGGAAAAGGUGCACUACUUGGGUCAUGUUAUAUCUGUUGAAAGAAUUUUAGUGGAUCUUGCAAAGGUAGAGGAAAUUGUAGAUUGGCCAACACCUCAGAGUGUUUUAGAGGUCAGAAGUUUUAUGGGUCUUGUAGGAUAUUACAGGAAGUAUGUGGAAGGAUUUUCUAGGAAAGUAGCACCUAUUACUUCUCUUCAGAAGAAGGAAAAGAAAUUUGAGUGGAAUAAGAAGUGUGAAGAGUCAUUUUAG